GCUCAAACCAGGUCUCAUCUUGCAGAUCUGUGUGGGAACAAACGUGGCAAAGUGAUCAAACCUCUGCAGUAUCAGUCAACUGUGGCACCAGGCACUGUUGCACGAGUGGAACCAAAUAUCAAGUGGUUUGGAAACACUCGUGUGAUCAAGCAAUCAUCCCUACAGAAAUUCCAGGAGGAGAUGGAGACUGUGAUGAAGGAUCCUUACAGGGUGAUCAUGAAGCAGAAGAAGCUGCCCAUGUCCCUGUUCUACGACCGGAUCAAACCUCAUACCUCCAGAGUUCACAUUCUUGACACAGAGACAUUUGAAACAACGUUUGGCCCCAAAUCACAAAGGAAAAGACCAACUCUGUCUGCAAGUGAUGUGCAGUCUCUGGUGGAGAAUGCUGAGGCCUCGUCAGAGUCUUACGAUCAGGGCAAGGACCGAGACCUGGUGACAGAGGACACUGGUGUAAGGGAUGAAGCACAAGAGGAGAUCUUUAAGAAAGGACAGUCCAAAAGAAUCUGGGGUGAGCUCUACAAGGUGAUUGACUCAUCAGAUGUUGUUGUUCAAGUUCUUGAUGCCCGAGAUCCCAUGGGCACUCGCUCCCCUCAUGUGGAAUCCUACCUUAAAAAGGAGAAGAAGUGGAAACAUCUCAUUUUUGUCCUGAACAAAUGUGAUCUCAUUCCUACCUGGGCCACUAAGCGCUGGGUUGCUGUCCUUUCCCAGGAGUAUCCAACACUGGCUUUCCACGCCAGCCUCACAAACCCAUUCGGCAAAGGUGCUUUCAUACAGCUCCUAAGGCAGUUUGGAAAGUUACACUCUGACAAGAAGCAGAUCAGUGUGGGAUUCAUUGGCUACCCCAACGUUGGCAAGAGCUCAGUGAUCAAUACCCUGCGCUCCAAGAAGGUCUGCAACGUGGCCCCCAUUGCAGGGGAAACAAAGGUGUGGCAGUACAUCACCUUGAUGCGGCGGAUCUUCCUCAUCGACUGCCCCGGGGUGGUUUAUCCAUCAGGAGACUCAGAGACAGACAUUGUGCUGAAGGGAGUGGUUCAAGUUGAGAAGAUUAAGAGCCCUGAAGACCAUAUUGGUGCUGUGCUGGAAAGAGCCAAAGCAGAAUACAUCAGGAAGACAUACAAAAUUGAUUGCUGGACAGAUACAGAAGACUUCCUUGAGAAACUCGCUGCUAGGACUGGAAAACUGCUAAAGGGUGGUGAGCCUGACUUGCAGACUGUGAGCAAGAUGGUUCUCAAUGACUGGCAGAGGGGCAGAAUCCCUUUCUUUGUGAUGCCACCAUUUGCAGAACCAGAUCAACCAGGUCAGCCAGAUCCCCAGCCUCCUGUGUUGGAAGCAGCUGUGACAUCCAGCCAAGAUAUCACUGAGGAGAAAGUCUCUGAGUUGGUGGCACCAGGUGUGGAGCCAGCAGAAGAGGGGAACAACACAAACACUGAAAUCAGGCAGCUCAUGUCCAACAUUCGGCAGAACUUCGGCAGGAUUAACGUGGCACCUCAGUUCUCAGAAGAAGACCUGGUUCCUGUGGAUGUGCCAGGUUUUGAUGACACAGACCAUGAUUCACCUGGAGAGGAGGAGCAGGAGGAGGAGGAGGAAGAGGAGAAUGAGGAACAGCAGGAUCAAGGAGAGGAGGAAUUGCAGGUGCCUGCACCAGGUUCCCAGGAGAGCUCUAAAGCAGUUCUUAAGGCUUUGGAGGACAAGAUUGCAAAAUACAAAAAAUUUUUGGAUAAAGCCAAGGCCAAGAGAUUCUCAGCAAUAAGAAUCCCCAAGAGACUGAGUGACACAGUGUUUGCAGAAUUCGUACAGAAGGAUGAAGAACCCGAAGAAACUGAAGACAGAGGCAGCAUAGAGAAGAAAAGAAAGAAGAAAGAAGAGGAGGAAAGUGAUGAUGAUGAUGACCAGUUGGGUAAACAGCCUAGUAAGAAGCUCACAUCCAAAGAAAGGAGACGAGCCGAGAGGCAGCAGCGCUCCAAGAAAGUCGGAGUCCGGUAUUAUGAAACUCACAACGUGAAAAAUAAGAAUAAGAACAAGAAAAAAACUGGCUUGGAGGGACAAAGAUCAAAGCAGAAAAAAUACAAACAUAAGCAAUAGCUGCUUAUUCUAUUAAAUUUUACAUAAAACAGC